AAAACCAAGUAAAAGAACGCAAAAAAUACGAACCCAAAGAAUAUUCAGUAAUAGGGGAGAUUGAGGACAUUAAAGAAAAAAGAACCUACCCCGACGACCGCAAAGAAUAUAAACCAAGGGACCCGUAUUUUUACCAAGUAUUCUUAAAGAACCAAAACCCCGCCCAAUACCGCGUUAUUAGUGUUUGGAAAAGUAGUUUAGAAGGGGAUAAAGAAUGGCCCGCGGAAAAGAUUUGGAAUGAGCGAGAAAAUUAUAAGAAAAGAAUGACAAGAAAAAUAUUAUUAGAAAAGGCCACCGAUAAAGAAAUAUUGGAGGAAAGUUUGAGAAGGCGAAAAAUAGAAUUUUCCCAGACUUCUCAUGGCGGAAUUAAAAUAGAAGGACCACAAGAAUUAAGUGCGGAGGAAAUUAAUAAAUAG